AUGGGGCUUCAGACACAUGAGAUCGAAAUCUGUUUUUCCGCACUGCGGAGCGCGCUGCAGAAGGCGGAGGAGUCCUUGAAGAACCUCGCCGCCAAGCACGAGGAAAAGCAAGAGAAGGACACCGCCAGCCUGAAGGCGCGGGCAGAGGCCAGCGAGAAAGAAGCAAAGGCGGCCAAGGAGGCGCAGCGCGAGGCCGAGGAGCGCGACGAGCGCACGCAGGAGAAGCUGCAGCAGAAGCGCGACGAGGCCAAGGAGUUGAGCAACCAACUGGAGAAGUUGUCGGAGAGGCUGGAGGAUAAGCGGCAGGAGUACGUAAGGCUCGACGAAUACGUGACCAAGUUGCAGGAUCGGCAUCCAGGCCGCAGGGAGAGGCCUCCAGAGAAGAGGCCGAAGCUGAAGUGCGAGGACCGCAGCAGGACCCCGCAGCUCGACAGGCGUUCCGACUCCGAGAGCAGAAGAGGCGCGGCUGCCUCGACCAUGGCGGCCCUGGAAAGCGGCGGCGGCCAAAAGAGCAGGGACCGCAGCGCGAGCAGGAGCCUCGGGGGCCACAGCCGAGGGGUGCUCCCGCGCGGCGGGGGCCACGACGCGGACAGCCUCCGCGGCGGCGCGGCCGAGCGGGGCGCGGGGUCCAUGCAGCUCUCGCUGCGUGAGGAGGACGCCGCCCUGGACGAGGGCGGCCGGGGCGACGGCAAGCCCAUCAGCCGCCAGCGCGGCCUGACGGGCGUUGCCGCCGAGGACGACCGGGCGCCCAUCCCUCGGCGCGGCCGCCCGGAGCCCCCGCGGGUGGUCCUGGGCGACAUCCCGCGCGGCGGCGACAGGCAAGACGAGCAGCGACGCUCUCGCAGCCGAAGUGCCAGCAGGGGGCCCAUCCCCCGCGACAAGUCCGCGGAGAUCAGGAGAAGAGGUGGCAGGGGCUCCUCCGGCGGCAAGAGCUGCGGUAAGGGAGCUGCCGCCGUCGCUCGCAGACCGGGAGGAGGAGAAGGUCAAGGAGGCAGCAGCGCCCCGGAGCCUUCGAAGUCCCUCUGUUUCUUGUACGUGAUCGACAAGUGCAGCAAAGGUGCUCAGUGUCGCGAUCGGCAUCCGGACAAGUAUGAGGUCAAGGCACUACGCGACAAAAUGUCGGAUACCAUGUGCCGUUUCGGGGCGAAGUGCGGGCGGCCGGACUGUGUAUUCCGCCAUCCGCCCGGCCGAGUUCUCCCCCUGGACCAGAGACCUGCUAUUCAGGAACGCCGCAGCAGCGGGCGCUCGCCGAUACGGCGAGCGGGAGGCGACCGCAAGGACGGCGGCGAUGGCCGCUCUCCCAUCCGGCGCAGCGGUGUGGCUGCCGGCUCCAGAGAAGACAGGGAGCAGCUCUCGCCCAUCCGGCGAUCGGGCGGCGCGGCCGCCCAGGCGCAGGCGAAGGACUCAUCCUGA